UCGAAUGUCUACCUUGCAUUAAAUAAUUUUUAUUUUAACAUUGACAGGAAGCACAAUGCUCAUCGACGGUUUAGCUUGGCUUUUGGCCGGGUUCAGUGUCACCUUGGCUGUCCCAGUCUCAAGAAUCUCCAAGGAUGAAACUGUGAGAGUGAUUAACGAAUGCAACCCGUUGGUGAUCGGUCAUAGAGGAGCCAGCGGAUACGUCCCAGAACAUACUCUCGGUUCUUACGCUCUAGCAAUUACACUAGGAACAGAUUAUGUUGAACCAGAUCUAGUAAUGACCAAGGAUGGACAUCUCAUAGCUCGCCACGACAACGAAUUAGGUCUGACAACUGAUGUCUCCGAACAUACCGAAUUUGCAUCACGUCAUAAGAACAAGACCGUAGAUGGAAAAGAAAUCGAAGGGUGGUUUACUGAAGAUUGUACACUAGAGGAAAUUAAAACACUUCGUGCAGUGGAACGCAUCCCUGGCAUAAGACCAGGCAACGCAAGACUGAACGGAGCAUUUACCGUCCCUACAUUCCAAGAAAUAAUCAAUUUAGUGAAAAGCUUACAAGUUAGUCAAAGUCGCACAAUCGGCAUUUAUCCGGAAAUAAAGCACAGUACACACUUCAAAAAUCUGGGUCUUCCAAUGGAAAGAGCAGUCGUAGACAUUCUACAUAAAAACGAUUAUCAGAGUCAUGAGUCGCCCAUUUACAUACAAUCUUUUGAAAUUACAAACUUGAAGGAACUGAAAGAGAUCACGAACUUAAGACUUUUGCAACUUUACGAAAGCGAUUUUAGCAUGCAGCCGUACGAUCAAGUUGUUGCUGGUACAGGAUAUACGUAUGGCGAUAUGUCCACGCCUCAAGGACUUAAGGAAGUAGCAAAAUAUGCCUACGCUGUGGGACCAGAUAAAACGGCCAUCAUUCCACGCGAUUCUAACAAUAGACUUGGAGUAACAACUAAUUUUGUUCACGAUGCUCAUGCUGCAGGAUUGAAGGUUCAUCCUUACACAUUCCGUGCCGAAAAUACAUUUUUGCCUGCAGAAUUCCGAAGUAGCACUAACGAGGAUGAUGUAGGGGAUUUGAGUAGUGAAAUAAGAGCGUAUCUUAACGCUGGAAUAGACGGCUUGUUCUCAGACCAACCUGAUAUUCCAGUUCGGGUUCGUAAAAUCUGCAAAUGAUAAUUCUGACCAGGGGCGCGACCGCCUAACUCAUUGGACGUAGCCGUAGUCGUAACUAUAACCUACGCUUUAUCGAUAUUUCUUAUGAAUCUGUUUAUAUUCUUGUAAAAUUAAUUGUUUUUUUAAUUU